CAGUAGAGGGCGCUGUGUGGUCACAUGACAGUUGCAGGGCGCAUGUAGCAGGGAAGUAAAGACAGAGGAAGGCAAACCUCUAAACUUUCGGAAUGAACCUUAUUAUACAAAAAUGCAAACCAUCAUAAGUUAACGGAGGAAGGAACUUGGAUGUGGUCUUGGAUUGCUCCAGGUUCCCUCUGCCAUGGCCAAGUCCAAGAAAGGUAUGGAAAACCCUGCGAAUCCACCAAAAAGAGGCAGGAAGCCUAAAUCCCUCGGAGCUGCUCCAAAAGCUGGUAAACAACAGAGCUCUCUGGGCAACAGGAAGAGCACAGGGCCCAGCUUUCAGCUUCACUCUGGUCAGACACCCCAAAAGCCACCAGCUGAAAACACCAUGUCAGGAAAUCAUGACUCUAUCCAGCAAGAUAAACAAGAUGCUCCAGAAACACAGAGUGCCAAGAGCAUCCCUACUUUGUUCUUACCUGCAGCCAGACACGAAGGGGAUGCCCAGAGAGAGCCUGAGGAGCUUAAAGCUGUGAAUCCUGCUCCUCCACGUUUGGCUUGGAAAACGAUGGUUAGACCAGCACCAGCUCCAUCUGCUCUGAAGACAAUGAUCAGAGUGAAAAGCGUGAACGAGAGAGACGUGGAGUCUUCACCCACACAGCAUCUCCUUUUACCUCAGGAACUAAAAGACUCAACACAAACAGCCUCCAAGAAGAAGAAAAGAAAAAUGGGCUUAUAUAAUUUUGUUCCCAAAAAGAAACCGAAAGUGUCCAAGAAACAGAAUGUCUCGUUGUCCUCAAAUGCGCAGGAAUCCUCACAUUCAGCAGGAUCCAAAGGUGGGCAGAUGUCCAUUGAGGAGGCGUUCAAAAAAAAAGUUAGUCCUGAAAAACCAGACAAGCAAACUUCACGGGAUGAGAAAGAAAAUGCUGCAGAACUGCUCAAGAACAGGGAAUCGGAGGGCGUUCCACAAGGCCAUGCUGAAGAAUACACAGAGCUGCCUCUACAUGCUCUUGCUCAUGAUAGCAUGUUCACAGCAAUUCCCACAGGUUUGCCGGAGGAUAAAGAGAACAUGGAGGCUGAUGAAAUGUUGGAACCUCCACUGUGUAGCUGUCGCAUGGAGACACCGAAGAACCCGGAUGUAGUAACUCUGGCUGAGGGCAAGUGCAUGGCUGUAGAGAGUGUGGAUGGAAAGCUGAGUUUAUGUCGGAAAGUGAUUCUGAAGCAGGAAAUGAUGCGUCCCUCUCUGAGGAUUCCAUUGCUCGUGCUGUGCGAGGAUCAUCGUGCGGGCAUGGUGAAACACCAGAGCUGCCCAGGCUGUGGUUUCUUCUGCAGGGCUGGGACGUUUAUGGAAUGUCAGCCAGAUGGCAACAUCUCUCACCGCUUUCACCGGAGCUGUGCGUCUCUGAUCAGAGGUCAGGUCUUCUGCCCCCACUGCGGCGAGGAGGCUAGUCAUGCUAAAGAGGUCACGAUCCCCAAACCUGACUGUGUUACUGCAGUGCCAACAGCUGCUGUGCCCGCACACAAAAGAGACACCGCCUUAAUGGAGGCUAAACUGGAAUCUGUAACUGUUGGUGGAGCUGUUGACCCUGCUAGAGAAUCAAUGGAAAGUGUUUUAAAUGCCCUGGAGGAUGGAAAGUAUAAGAAAUUCAAGCUGCCCCCAAAGCAGCUUUAUUUCUCUGCUAAGAGAGGAGAGCUCCAGAGGAUCUUGCAUAUGCUGGUAGAAGGUGUGGACCCAAACUUGCGGAUGGACAGCGAGAAGAGAAAGACUCCCCUGCAUUGUGCUGCUGAGGAGGGCCAUAAAGAGAUCUGCCAUAUACUAGUGCAGGCUGGUGCAAACCUGGACAUGUGUGAUGUGGAGCAGAGAACUCCUCUAAUGUAUGCCUGUGAGAACAAUCAUCUAGAAACAGUGAAAUACUUGCUGAAAGCUGGUGCUUCUACAGGUCAUAAGGAUAUGAGAGGCUCCACGUGUCUUCAUUUGGCAGCCAGAAAAGGACACACAGAUGUGCUGCAGUAUCUCCUUUCCAUGCCAUCCAUAGAUGUCAACUGUAAGGAUGAUGGCGGGUGGGCUCCUCUUACCUGGGCAACUGAGAAUAUGCGUUUAGAGCAGAUGAAGAUGCUAAUCUCAGCAGGAGCCGAUGUCCAAAUAAGAGAUAAGGAGGAGAAUGUCUGCCUCCACUGGGCAGCGUUCUCUGGCUGUGAUGAGAUCGCUCAGCUGCUGCUUGAAAAGAGAUCUGACCUACACGCUGUGAACAUCCAUGGAGACUCACCUCUCCACAUCGCUGUCAGACAGAACCAGCUGGACUGUGUAAUGCUGUUUCUGUCUCGAGGAGCAGAUGUAAAUCUGAAGAACAGGGACGGCGAGACUCCUUUGGACUGCUGUAUUAUAAAUUCUAAGAUGUGGACAAUCCUGAACACCAAUAAGAAGCUGACAGAUGCUAGGAGAGGCAGAGACGGCCUCAGAGAAAGACUCCUCUGCAGAGAUGUGUCCCGAGGCUAUGAGGACGUCCCUGUGCCCUGUGUGAAUGGGGUGGACCUUGAGCCCUGCCCCAGCAACUACAAAUAUGUUCCAGAGAACUGUUUUACAUGUCAAGUAAAUAUAGACGAAAACAUAACUCACUUACAGCACUGCAGUUGUAAAGAUGACUGUGCGUCCAGCGGCUGUAUCUGUGGCCAGCUCAGCAUGCGCUGUUGGUAUGACAAGGAUGGCCGCUUGCUGAAAGAGUUCAGCAGGAAUGAUCCACCGUUCCUGUUUGAGUGUAACCACGCCUGUUCCUGUUGGAGAACGUGCCGGAAUAGAGUGAUACAGAAUGGCCUUCGGGUGAGACUGCAGGUGUUUAGGACCGAGAGGAUGGGCUGGGGGGUCAGAGCACUGCAGGAUAUUCCUGAGGGAACCUUUGUAUGCGAGUUUGCAGGUGAAAUCAUUUCAGAUGGAGAAGCUAAUAUUCGGGAAAAUGACUCGUACAUGUUCAACCUAGACAAUAAGGUUGGAGAGGUCUACUGCAUUGAUGCCCGGUUCUAUGGUAAUGUUAGUAGGUUUAUGAAUCAUCUUUGCGAACCCAAUCUGUUCCCUGUCCGUGUGUUCACCAAACACCAGGACAUGCGCUUUCCUCGAAUUGCACUCUAUGCAAGCAAGCCUAUUCAAGCUGGAAACGAGCUUGGGUUUGACUAUGGGGAUCCCUAUUGGCUAAUUAAGAAAAAGUACUUCCGUUGUCAGUGCGGCUCUACAAAAUGUAGAUACUCUGAGACCGUUCAGGGCCAGAACCACACAGAGAGCACAGUCCAAAUGCUAGGUGAUCAGAAAGUUGCUCAGGUGGAACAAAUUCAGUCAGCUAACACGGCUAUAUCAAUUACUCAACCCUGAGGCCUCCACUCGUACGGCGGGAUAUGCUGUGGCCUUUAACGAAUAAAUAUGAUCAGGAGUGCAACGCAUAACUUCCUGAAUCUCAGCACCAAGUGAGGACAAUUUGUGCAGAGAUACAGCAUCAUUUUAUCACCAUGCCAGUGAGGACAUUUUGUAAUAAGACAUUUAAUCAAUGGCCUUUUGUAUCUGAAUGCAUGUCUCACAGGGUUUUUACUUAUUAGGAUGAUGAAGAAGCUCCUUAAUUGUACAAGAUAUAGACAUUAGCAUAUAGACAUUUCUAAUAGACAUUUUUAAAAGUACAUUUUGAUAUACUUGGUAUUAAAAAUGAAGGGGUUUUAGCCAAAUACCAUGAGAAAAAUGAAAUCGUAAGUAGAACACAUGGACAAGUUCUACUGGCAAAUUUCAUAGACAUUUACAUUUGUUUUUUUACUCUGUCUUUUCUCCGGAACAGAGAUCAGGGCUUUUUUCUAAUCUGUUUUUAUUGAAACUUCAUUUUAAUUUCACAGAAUUUGAACAUCCUAUUUGUGAGGAAUAAAGCUUUCAGUGUUUUUAAUUAUUAA